UACCAAUCGAGUAGUCGCUUGCCAAAGGCACAAGUAUAAAUGUCUAAUCGCUUUAACUUGCAAGUUUAGUUGUCUCAUGCAUCUGUAAGAGAUUGGUGUAAAUAAAGUACGUGUCUUCAUAUAUGUAUAUGCGUACAUACAUAUAUGGAAUAGUGUCCGGAAGUGAAUUGUGUAAAAUAAUAACGGACUUUGCCUAUUUUUGGAAAAAGUGUACAAGUUCUGCACGAAACAGGCUUAAAAUAUUGUUCUAUUAUGGAAAAAACACUAGAACGUGACUUUUUUGGUGAUUUCCAUCAUACAUAUGUAAGUGUGAAAAUGUGAAACCAGAGAAAUAAAAAAAUAGAAUAAAAGAAAAUAAAAUAAAAUUAAAAUUAAAUAAAAUAAAUUAAGACUACUACCUUAAACUAAAAGAGUCCCGUAAUCAAGUAUCGGUAAAACCUGCAAAAGAAGCCACCGAUUUCCCGCCAAAACUUAUUUUUUGCGAAACAUACAUACAUAUGUGCUAACAAAUACCGGUUUUGUGUGUGCAAAAAAAAAAUAUAGGAGAACGAACAAAGUGUAAAAUAAUAUAUAGAGAACAAUUGAACUGACACAAAUUUAUCAUGGCAACGAGCAACGGUGCUUUAACAUUUACAUUAAAUGAGAUAAUUAAAGAUGCACAUUGCAUUCGCGAAUAUAAAGGAGACAACUCAUGCGCUCUUACUUCGUUCUUAAGAGAAGUGGACAUGGUCUUAACGUUUUUUCCAACGGAUUCGCCAGAGAAAACCUACGUGUUUCAUCGUAUUAUAAUCAAUAAGAUUCAAGGUGAAGCUUUGCACGUCGUUCGAACUCUUGGCCCCUCACCAACAUGGAUGGAACACAAUCUUCUAAUUUGUUUAAACGUAAUACACGGCCCAGUAUAGAAUGUUUGAAAAACGAUCGUUUCUAUCGUGAUCCGCAUCGACCGGUACACAAGAUUUGGACCAACACUGAAUGUUCAAAGUAUUUCCUUUGUUUAGAUGGUGACGUUUUUGAAUUCAAAUGCUCGGAGGGGUUAUUAUUUGAUGUUGUCAGACAAAUUUGUGAUUUUAAACAGAAUGUGGAUAACUGUGAUAUUACUGCAGAAAAACAAAUCUCGAAACCACUAUUGGAAAAAGGUGGAUGCAAAGACAAAACACAUUUAAGUUGCGCGGACGGCACUUGUCUACCAAGCGAAUAUUUUUGUGAUGGAUCCGUUGAUUGUCCAGAUGAAUCCGAUGAGGGUUGGUGCGAUAUGGAUAACGACCCCAAUGCUGCUAUUUCAUGCGACAUGAGUAAAUGCCAUUUACCCGACUGCUUCUGCUCUAAAGAUGGUACACUAAUACCAGGACAAUUAAGCCCAAAUAUGAUCCCACAAAUGAUAACGUUAACGUUUGACGAUGCAGUGAAUUUUGAAAACUUCGAUUUAUAUACAAAACUUUUGUUUAAUCCAAACAACCGUAAUCCAAAUGGUUGCUCAAUUAAAGGCACAUUUUUUGUCUCACAUCAGUAUACAAAUUAUCAAUUUGUGCAGAAACUAUGGAACGACGGUCACGAAAUUUCUGUACACUCUGUAACACACCGCGGUCCGGAGAUGUGGUGGACAAAAAAUGCCACUAUUGAGGACUGGUUUGAUGAAAUGGUUGGUCAAGCAAACAUUCUAAAUCGUUUUGCAAAUAUACGAAUGGAAGAUAUUAGAGGGAUGCGUGUACCAUUUCUUCGUAUUGGCUGGAAUAGACAAUUUUUAAUGAUGAAAGAGUUUGGUUUCGUUUACGAUGCUUCGAUGGUGGCCCCUUUUAGUAAUCCUCCACUUUGGCCUUAUACCCUGGACUUUAAAAUGCCUCAUACGUGUACAGGCAUCAAUCAGAAUUGUCCUUCUAGAAGUUAUCCAGGCAUUUGGGAGAUUGUGAUAAAUCAGUUAGAAGUAGGCGACUUCACAUGUGGUAUGAUUGAUAGUUGCCCAUCUCAAUUGAAUGGCGACGAUGUCUAUCGCAUGCUAAGCCACAAUUUUAAACGACAUUAUUUAUCGAACCGUGCUCCAUUCGGAAUAUAUUUCCACGCAACAUGGUUUAAUAACAAUAAUUACUUGGAGGCAUUUUUGCGUUUUAUGGAUGAUAUGCGACAGCUAACGGACGUAUAUUUUGUUACACAACAGCAAGUUAUUCAAUGGAUGCGACGACCAACAAUUACUCCAAACUUAAAUACAUUUGAGCCAUGGAGUUGUAAACCCCGCCAGUGGGAAUCUACGGAAGUAGUUUGCAGUAUCCCAAAUACUUGUAAACUACGAAGUCGCGUCUUGCAGCAAGAUAGAUAUUUAUAUACUUGUAACGAAUGCCCAACACAAUAUCCUUGGAUACGCAAUGAAUUUGGUUUAGAUUAGUAUAUCUUGUUGCUAUAUUCUUUACCGUAUUUAUAAACCAUAAAAAUAUUAAAUUAAAUAUGAAAUCAUUUUUAACUUUCCUUAAAUUAUUUAACAUUAUUCAUACUUUAUUUAAAUUAUUUAAAAUAUAUAUAUGUAUAUAUACGUUGAAACAUAUUAAACUUAGUUUUUAUAUGUAACUGUUAAUAAAUUUUAAUAAUUAUG